CCGACCUCGCGUGACUCGGACCGCGGGGGGACGGACCGGGUCAGGAGGGUUUCUCUUCUGCUGGGGAUACAGAGAGAGUGUAGUGGGUGACUCUGCUUCAACCAGAACGGAAGGAAUAUUGCUCAGCUGAGACGUCAUCAAGCGGAAGAGGAGUCUGAAAAAGUCUGGUCAAGUAAAUAUCAGUUCAGCCGAGGGAUGCAGUGCGGUACAGUGCGAGCAUCUGCCUUCUCGUAACGGCGACGGCAGGGGUUGAACCGUUGAUGCAGCGAGCAGGUUUCUCUGGGUGAGACGGGGAUUUCCUGACACCAGUCGGCAUUUGGAGGGGCAGAAGUUGGUCACGCAUGAGGCCCCGGCUGAACCACAGCAGAUGCAUUUACAGACCUGAAACAGCAUCACUUCCUCAGGGGCUGCAGCGGGGCCCUGACCCCAGAGAAGGAAGGACCUGAGGAGGAGGAGGAAGCAAACAGGCAUGAGGAUCAGCUAACCAGGGACCAGAGGACCAGACAGACAGCCCCCAGAGCUGCAGAGAGACCAUGCUGUUGCUCUCGCUGCUGAUCUGGACUCUGCCACGCGGCGUGGCUCCUGCCCGAGCCACCAGCAGCCCCUCAGCUCUCCUGCAGUCGCUGCAGUGCCACAACGACUACAGCUCUUAUGUUGACUGCCAGUGGACGGAGGAAUCGGAGCAGCAACUUCCCCUGCAGCUGUGUAUCCAGAGCAGGAGCAGCAGGGAUCGCUGCCCACCUCGUGGCACUCCACUUCUGCACCCCAACGGCCUGCGGACAGUUCGCUGUCGCUAUGAAACGAAGACUUUCUCCAUCAGCACCACGCACACGGUCUUCUUCUCAGAGGAAAAGAAGAACUGCUCUUCUCCCCCACACCAGCCGGUGGCGCUGCGGGAGCACCUGCGAGCGCUUCCUCCGGUGGACCUGCUCACUCAUGUGACGGAGGGCGGGGUUCAGCGGCUGCAGUGGUCCAGUCCGUACCCGGCCUCCUCUGCACUGAGCGCUGGCAUGAUCUACCAAGUCAGCUACAAGUCAGACGGACAGGACGAGUGGACGGUGGAACCCCAGACAGCAUUGAGGAUCAAGCUGUGGGAGCAGCCCCUGCACGCCGGGCACACCUACACAGCCAGGGUCAGAGGUCGAGUGGGUGCCAGUGGGUGGAGUGAGUGGAGCGCAGGGGUGUCCUGGAGGACACCAGCAGAUUCCAGCCAGCGGCCCGGCCUGCGCUGCGUGCUGAGCGGCGAGGAGACUGUGGAGUGUCGCUGGAGUGUGAGCCCAGACCUGGACCGCAUCCUCAGCUACCAGCUGGCCUGGCACGGGCGGACCUCAGCGGCGGCGGGUAGCUGCUCGGACCCGGCCGUGGUUUCUGACCCCUCUGGGAGCGACAUGACGUACAGCUGCUCGCUGAGGGCAUCGGAGCCGGCGCACCUGCAGCUGGAGCUCCUCGCCACACGUCGCAGCAGGGAGUUCAGGGCCAGACAGCACAUUCGCCCCGGCCCUCCCAGGCAGCUCCGCAUCAGCGCCAACGCCGCAGACUGGCACCUGAAGUGGACGCAACCUGUCACGUCACCAGACCUUAGACUCGUCUAUCAAGUCUGUUACUUCCAGACCAAUACUCAGGAGUGCUCGGUCCCCCUGAACUGCUCAGCCACGCACCUGGACAUCCCGCACUCCUCCCUGGACCCGGACCGGAACUACACCGUCCUGGUCCGGUCCGUGGUGGAGCCUGGCAGUGGUUCACCGUACCAGGGCACACCGUCCGAGUGGGCGGGGCCUGUGGAGUGGACAUCACUUCCAGCACGCCGGUCCCCCAGGAUGUUGGUCUACUUCUGCACAGGACUGCUGGUGGCCUUCGUCUUCCUUGCUCUCUUCUUCAGCGUCCCAGCCUGCCACAGACGGGCGGUUCUGUGGGUGGACUCUGUGCCCUCCCCUCAGAAGAGCAGAGUGGUGUCUGAGCUCAGGCCCGGGUCCAAGCCUCACGUGAUGCUGACGGAGAAGACGUCCCUCUGCUCGCUGCACCACCUGGACCACUCGUCGCCACGCAGCUCUCUGCUCCUCCCUCACAAGGGCGAGGUGGGGGAGCUGGACCGUGGAUACUGGAGCAGUGAAAACUCGCCGCUGACGGACCAGCACGUUCUGGAUCCUCAGCUGUCAGUCAUGGGGUUCAGUGGCCCGUAUAUCUUCUGCGAGGGACGCUUCCCGCUGGAGGUGACGGAGCGAACAGAGACUUCCACGUCAGAGGGAGGGGCUUAUAUCUGCCUGCCCGCCCACCCGCCGCCCAGCCCCACCCACCAGCAGGCUUACAUCUGUAACUGCCCAGAACCAGACCACCCGCAGGUCCAUGAGGGAGCGGAGGCAGCACACGAGCCCUGCAGCAGCGAGCCCUACGUCUCCGAAGCCUUCACCUCCUGGCCCACCAUCAAGGCCUCGGGCUACUGCUCUCUCCCUGCACGCCAAGUGAAGUGACUCCUCCUCUCAGAGGAUAGGGAGAGAUAAACACUUUCCUUGUGUCUUUUCCAGGUUUAUAUUUUUUAUGUAUUUGUUGUUUUUG